UACACACAUACCAGUGACCAAGCCAAGCCGAACCGGCUAAACAGUCGCCCGUCUGCCUGGACAUGGGUUGCUACGAUUGCUGUAUGCGCUGCCUGGGCGGCAUCCCGUACACUUCCCUGGCGGCCACCCUGUUGUGCUUCUCUGGCAUCGCCUUGUUCUGCGGAUGCGGACACCAGGCGCUGACUGAGACGGAGAGGCUCAUCGAGACGUACUUUGUCCGCAACCUGCAGGACUACAUCACCCUGGCGUACAUAAUUCAGUACUUCCAGUACAUCACCUACGCCUUGGCCUCCUUCUUUUUCCUCUACUGUGUGCUGCUCUUAGCCGAGGGCUUCUAUACCACCAGUGCCGUAAAGCAGAUCUUCGGCGAGUCCCGGAGCACAGUCUGCGGCCGCUGCCUCAGUACCACGUUCAUCGCGGUCACGUACGUCCUGGCCGUCAUCUGGCUGCUGGUGUUUGCCUUCUCUGCGCUGCCCGUCUACUUCUUCUACAACAUGGACUUCACCUGUCACACCAUCACCGCUCUCUCGGAGACGACCUCCAACAUCAACCAGCUGUGCAUAGACGCCAGGCAAUAUGGGCUGCUGCCCUGGAACGCCAUGCCGGGGAAGGUUUGUGGAGUGAUGCUGUCGAAUGUGUGCAAAACAAAAGAGUUCUCCCUGACCUACGACCUGUUCAUAUCUACCUUUGCUGGAGCGGGAAUCACACUGCUGGCGCUGCUCACCUACAUGACGUCCACCACCUACAACUUUGCGGUGCUGAAGUUUCUGGGGAGAAAGGGCAUAGGCACGCGGUGUUAGACUCCGCCAUCCCUCCCUCCACGGCAAGUCACGAAAAGGGGCGAAUCCGGAGCUUUCCGCGUCCGCCCCGGGUCCGACCGCGUCUCCACCCCCAUCGCUGCCGAAACGUUCCUCAGACGGAGACAGUAGCUUCGUGGGACUUGUCUGAAAAUCAAGCAGAGGUUAAAAUUAUGACUCCCUCCCCAUGUCCCUUCCAAGUUUAGAACAUUUAAAAACCCGAUUAUGAAUUAUUCUGACUUCACUAUGGACAUUUUUCUUAUUUUAAAACAGUACUCUUUAUGCACUCCCAGCUGUCCUCUGACAUUCUUCCGCUUGCCCGUCGUUCCCUUGGUAUGCAACGUUGGAGAGAUUAUCAAACAUACUGAUAAGAUGGGAGUCACCCCACUUGCAAAAGUGAAACAAAACCAUACAUUUUAACACGGUAGAAUGCAUCAGACGUGUCCACAGCGCUCCACGUUCAAAGAAAAUAAGUUGCGGACUUGAGUUACCGUGGCGCUUCUCGCAUCUCGUUGCCAUGGCACCAGACGAGACAACAGUAGCGGAUUCGUUGCGACUCUGGGUUUGUUUCUCAUGGUUUCUUCCCCGCAACAAAGCGGGGCAUCAUCAGUCUGAUGGGGAGGCCCAACCUCCCGUCUGUCCCUGAGCUCUGCGUUGGGGGGUCUUUUUGUUCUCUUUACGAACCUCGCGGUGACUAGUCUCUGGGGGGGGGGGGGGGGGCGACACUGGUUGCCCCACAUGGUGGUUGGACCACACAGAUUUGUGGUGAGAACAUGAAAGUAAACAUUGAAUAUACAGACAGAGCUUUACUGCAAAGCCAAAUUAAACAGUUUGACCAGCCCAGAUGUCCUAAUUGCCCUCCUUAGGUGCAACUGAUGGACAAAGAGAAGCUCAGACAUGUGGCGUUGGAAUUAGAAUAGGAAUUUAGUAGCUGAUCACUGACGUUAAUUGUGUGAAACGAUGGGAUUCCCACGUGCGGUUGACACCUCGCGUCGAAUAGAGACCAACCCGCGGUUGACGACAGCUCCCCGGAACCUGUGCGGAGGUCUCCCUCACCCCUCGCAGAUGAGCAGCUUCCUCCGCCUGGAUGGAGUUGGAGGAGGUGCAGCGGAAACGUAGAGCGUGGUCGCUCUUCGGGACCCCGGUCGGGGACCGGAGAGAGCGUCUGCUCGUCCUACGACCACAGCAGCCACCAUUUGUGAAAACCAGACAUUUCUCAUGGAGGGGAUCCUGCCUGCUGGGGUGGGGUGGGG